CGAGGUUUGACGACGCAGUGCGUGGUGACGUACAUCCCGUGGACGUAACCACGUAAAACAUCUUUGGUUACGUUACGUUACGUUGCAGACAGCAGCAGGAAGUGUGAUGUGGCUUUGACUCACAACAAAAAUGUCGGCCAUUUUCAACUUCCAGUCACUGUUAACAGUGAUUCUCCUCCUGAUCUGUACCUGUGCCUACAUCAGAGCGCUGGCUCCCAGCCUGAUAGACAAGAACAAGACCGGGCUUCUAGGAAUUUUCUGGAAGUGUGCCAGGAUAGGUGAGCGGAAGAGUCCCUGGGUGGCUUGCUGCUGUGUCGUCAUGGCUUUUAGUAUACUGUUUCUGCAGUAGCCGUCCAAAGAAAAAAACAACGAAUGGAAACAUUGGAGAAAUGAACAGACAACAAGGCAUGGACAGUAUGAUCCUAGAAGCACAACAGGACCUCCGGUGGCUGAUAAUGUAAAAGCGGAGAGCCGUCAGUCACCACUCACAGUGGCCACGGAGAGAGAAGAUGCGUCUUGUGUAGGGGGGAGGGAUGAGCUGAUAGCCCCAGAGUGCGUCUAGAUCCCUCCACAGACUUCCAGGUCUUACGUGUUUGCUUAUGUGGAAUGUUUACUCCGGAUGUAUGAGUAUGUGUGUAUAGGGGGCCAAUGCUUUGCGUUAUCUGCCAUUUAGUUUAAAGAAACAGAAGUCACAUUCUGGCAUCAUUGGUGGGAUCAAAAUGACACAUUGUCCAAAUAUUUCAAACUGAUUUUUUUUCCCCUUCAAGUUUUUCACAAUUGCAUCGACCAGUUUGAAAUUCUCCACAACAAGGACCUUCAUAAAAUGUUCAUACCUGUUAUGCGAUUCACAUCGGAGGCUUAUAUAUUUGUAAACUGAGUUAUAACGAGGGAUGACUUUUUUAAUCAUCUCAGCGCCCUCUUUGUAACCUCUGCCCUGUUUGUUGUAUCUAGAAAUGGUGAUCAUACUCCACAGCAGACACAAUUAUAGUUUAACUCUCUAGGUGGCUAAUUGUGCUGCAGAUUUGCCUCAAAGAGCUCCUGAUGUUUUUAAAGUCAGUCAGUUUGCCGCUAUUUAUUAAAGAACCUUUUUUGGAAAUCCGGCUUGAGAAGGCUGAUUUUUGUCAUUUCUGCAUCUGUUUAUGUCUGUUGUGAUAAUGCCGCACUGUAACAUGAAGUGUCGUUAAUAAUGACUGCAGACAUGCAAAAUACAUGUUGAUAACCUCUAAA